AUGUAUCAAUGUAACUUUUGUAAACGUUAUUUUUCACGAAAACAAGACCUGACCCAACAUUGUCACCAGCUUCACUCAUAUACCGACCAUUCUCGUACAUUAAAUUGGGUUCAGGAUCAACAAUCAAGUUCUAAUAAUAAUAUACGGCAAAAAACUAUUGAUAAUAACGUUUGGAAUGAAAUUGAAGGUUUAGAUAUCUUUUUACAAAUGACAAGUGGUGACGACAAACAAAACAAUGAGAAAUUGGAUUUAAAUAAUGCAGCAGACGUACCUAUAGCCUUCAAUGAAUAUACCUCUUUUCAGAAUUAUGAUUAUACAGAUAAUGAUAUAAGUGAAUAUCAUGAAAUCACCCAAUCGCAAGAAAGUAAAAGCAUCUCUUCUAAAGCAUCAAGCGAAGAUUUUUGUGGCGUGAGUUUAGCUGAUGCAUAUAAAGAUUUGAAUAACGAUUCAGAACUAACAUUAUGGCCAAGUGAAACGUACAAAGAAUUUAUGAUGGCUGUAACACAAUAUCACCUUUCUGAUGCAGCCACUGAUUCUAUGUUACGUAUACUAAAAAAACAUUGUACCGAUCAACUUUCUGGAUCUACUAGAAAAGGGCGCACAUUUAUUAAUAAUAUGGAUGUUAAAGGUUUACAAUUUAAAGAAAAAGAACUCCUUACAUUUGAAGAAGAAAUUUAUAAAUUACAUUAUAGGCCAAUUUAUGAUGCGAUAAAAAGUCUGGUUUCAAAUUCAGAUUUGAGUAAAGACUUUCUUUUCAAUUAUGAAGAACAAUGGGAAUAUGGUCUUGAUGGAUCACUUGUACGUGUAUAUUCUAAACAAAAUACUGCAGACUGGUGGCGUGAAAGAUAUAAUCCAUUUAGCAAGAUUCUGGCCAUUAUGAUCUACAUUGAUGGAACUACUCUUGAUACUCUUAGGCGAAAAUCUGAGUAUCCUAUUUUCUUAACCCUUGGAAAUAUUCCAAAUUUACGCCAUAAUUUACCUGAUUCAAAGGUUCUUAUUGGAUUUUUACCACACUUAACUACGCGAGAUAAUAAAUUGCGAAAUUCAAAGGAAUUUAAGCAAAAGCAACGGGAAUUGAAGCAUCGUGCUUUGAAAUAUUUAUUAGGUCCACUUCUUAAGGAGGAUGGUAUAUACUUAGCAAUAAAUGGAAAAGUUGAGCACUUUACCAUUUAUUUGUCUAGUAUAAUUGCGGAUAUGCUAGAAGCACAGGAUAUUUGUUGUACUUACAAGUCAUAUCGUACACGAUGUCCCUGUUAUAAAUGUCUUACGCCCGGUGAUCAAUUAAAUAAUAUGAAUAUUAAACAGGAUAUGAUAGAUUUACGUAAUCAUGAAAAUAUGCAAGAAGCUAUUGCUUCUCACAAUGCAGAAAAUUGUUCCAUUCACGAAUAUGACAAUUUUUUCUGGAAUUUUAGAAUGAUGAACAUAUAUGAUGCAGCAGCACUAGAUCGUAUGCAUUUACAAGAAAUCGGAUUAUUUCCAUAUAUGCUUGAUUAUACAAGAGAUAUGCUCAUGUAUCAGUAUGGAAAUCGAAUAAUCAGUAAAAUGGACAAUCGACUGGCUACUAUUACACGAUUUAAUAAUUUAAGAAUAUUAAAAAAAGGUUAUCAACAGGGUACAAAAUUUACAGGAGGUGAAAUGCGAGAUGUUAUGAAGAUUAUUGUAUUUGUCCUUGAUGAGCUGUACACAACAGAUAAUAAAAUUAAUCAAAACCAAACAGAUAGUAAUUUAUAUACUAUUGCUUCAUGUAAAAACCUUAUUAUAUGUUACAUUAAAUUUAUUAAGAUGUAUAUUACGUCACGAAAAAAGAAAUUUAAUGAAGAUGAUUUAAAAAUCUUCGAACGUGAAAUAAUUGAUUGGUCUAAUGAUUUUGUAAAUAUAUUUGCGCAAUUCUCCCCUAGUGGACUUCAGUUACCAAAGCUUCAUAUGUGGAAAUAUCAUACUAUUCAUACCAUUCGGCGAUAUGGUACAUUAAAUGGGCUGACAACUGAAACGUACGAAACGCUUCACAAAAAUUGGGUUAAAAAUCCAUAUAGAAUGUCUAAUAAAAAGAAUACACAUAAUCAAAUGUUAAAGACG